UAAAAUAUUACUAUUAUUUAUUACUAUUAUGAAAAUAAAGUAGGGUGGGCAGAGUGAGUGGUUGCUGUAUAGUAUAGUGAGAACUAAAAUUACAUUAGGAAAUUAAAAAUAUGUGGCUAGCCCAGCCCGAAUGUGUUAUCGAUUUAUUUAUUUGACAAUACGUAUUUAUUUUAAUUUAUUUAUCUAUUUAUAUAUAUGUGUGUAUAUAUAUAUAUAUAAGUGAAAUAAAGCCCCUUUCCUCACAUUCCGUCUUCUUCAUCUAUACACAACUCAACACAACACAGUGCUGUAGCACUUAAUCAUUCUGAAAGGAAAGAACAUUCAUUCACAAUUUCGAUCUCAAUUUCUGACAUGUCCAUUGAGCUUGAAUCUGAAUCCACACACACCGGCCAUCUCCAACAGAGAUCAAGCGCCUUGUGUUUCCCCUCUUGUUUCGCUCCGCGACGUCGUUCCAUUUGGUGGGAGCGUGUCCGCUCCACUUCCUGGUCUGAGUCCCAUGCAACCACCGGAGAUCGUUGGUGGUCUCGCGGCAUCAGGGCUUUAAAGAAGCUCCGCGAGUGGUCGGAGAUCGUGGCCGGUCCAAGGUGGAAGACCGUCAUUCGGAGGUUCAACAGCCACCGAUCCUCCAAACGUAAUGCCAAGUACCAGUACGAUCCAUUGAGUUACGCUUUGAACUUUGAUGAAGGUCCGGGACAGAACGACGAUGGCCACGACGACGGAUUUCGCAAUUUCUCUACGCGUUACGCCGCCGUUAAUGUUAAAUCGGUUGCGCCGGCGCCGGAAUGUGACGUGGACGUUUUAGUUUGAGUGCGCCGCGGGAACUAUAGUGCGCUGGAAUGUGCACAUUAUGAGCUGGAGAGUGGGGUUUAGUUGGCGAAAGUGAAAAAAGCAGCGCCUGGUUGUUGGUUACUAUCGCGUCACUUUCUGUUUAUUUGGCCCAUUCUAUACUAUCAGAUUUUUUUUCUGUUUUUACUAUAUAUUUGUAAAUAUCUUGGUACCAAGAGGUAAUUGUUUGCCUCAAACAAGAAAGUAAAAGUGAAAGCUAUUAUUAUUAUUAUUAUUAUUAUUCCCUUUAGCGUGUA